AUGGCCGACGAAGCCCAGGAGACGGGCCGUGUGCCCAAACAGAGCAAAUGGAAGAUGUUCAAGCGCGAGGACUCGGUGUCCAAGCAGGAGAAGCAGAAGAAGACCGAGGCCGACGUGAUGGACUUCCUCAAGCCCUCGACCACCAAGAACGCCCCUCGCAUAGACGUCGCCACCGCCCAGCGCUGGCCCGGCGCCUCAGAUUUGCUUGCCAAAGCAAAAACACAACACCAGUCCGACUCCAAUCUGUCGAGCCUGCCCUCGUCGCUGCGGGGCGGCCGCCCGUCACGCCCGCGCUCCAAGACGCUGACCGUCGGCUUCCUCAACGACCCGCCCCACGUCAUUGGCGAAGGCGGUGACGAGUCGGAAAUCCCGCCAAUUGAGAUCUCGCGGCGCCGUGUUGCCGCUGCUCGCGCGGCCAAGGCCGAGGGCAGGAAGUUCAACGAGGCAGACAUCGGCCGGUCCAUGACCGUGUCACACAGGCACAUCGAGAGGCCGGACAACGUCAAGAGGGCUCACACGUCGUGGGGAGAGGUCUCGCCUGGUCUGCAAACGCGCUUCAACCGGCCCAAGUCCCCUCCCCCUCAGACCCAGCCCACGGACGCCACCGACGAUGAGGAGGAAACCCGCCAGUUCCAGCGCCCGCGCGCUGCUACAGGUGCCACGAUUGCGGAGGACAUGCCGAAUGACGAGCCAGAUUUUAGGCCCGGGCCGUUAAAGCGGUCGCAGACCGGCCUGUCAGAGAUGACGCCCGAAUCUCCGGAAGAUGAUGACCCACCCCGGCUCCCCGAGCUAUCAAAGGUCGCCUCCUCGUCCUCGGACGGCUCCUCACUUCAUUUCAACGCCGAGUUAAACAACUACCUCUCUUCCGAGCCCACAAACCCAGAUUCGCUCGCUGCCCGCGUGCAACACCAAAUGCGCGCCGACGAGGGCCAAGCGUUGCAUCAAGCUAGCGCAGAGCCAUCGCCCGAGGAUGAUCGGUUACCAUCCAUGUCUAGCUCGAGCACGUUCGAAGUGGGAUCGCCGCGGUCAAUGUCGUCUACCUCAUACAGAAGGCCGUCAUAUGAUCAAGGCGCUAAAGCACCACCCCGGCCGAACCCCUUUGAUGAUCCGACAUCUGGGCGGAGACCCUCAUCUAUUUCGUCGAACGGACACGCCUCUCUCACGCACUCUAAUACCAGCCCUACCGACACCAGUUCGCAGCGCGACUUCAUCAUCAGCCCUCCCCACUCCCGCCCACCCUCCUCCGGUUACUUUCAAUCAGGCCUGGCGCCUCCUGCUGUACCUCCCCACGCAGCUUCUCCCAAUUCCAUCGACGCCACCACCCCCACCCAGCGCGACUUUGACAGCCGCGACAGAUCACCAAUGAGGUCCCCUGCUCUGAACGUCGAGAUCCCAAAGCAGCCUCCGCGCUCCCCCAAUGUUUUGGCCGACCGCACCGCCGGCUGGAGUGCGGCCUCGUCUGGCCACCGCGCCGAUCUCGCCGCCGCUGGCGAUGCCGCUCUUGAUGACUUCGCCGAGCGUGUAGAACACAUGCGCGGGGUAUUUAAGCUCACCGCAGAGGUCAAGAAGUCAGUUGACUCCUAUGCGCCAAUGACGUGGAUGCGGGCUGCUAUCUGGUGGUUUCUGAAAGGCCGCUCCGGUCUGGAGGUCAUGAUCAGGAAUCGACCCCGCGGUCAGACGCAGGAACAGCAGCUGCUGACUCAGGCCCACGUUGAUCUGGCCAAGACCUGGUGGAUCUUGACAGAGGUGCUGGACAACCAUCCGGGCAUCAGGAAAUUCGGCAAGCUUGGUGCUCAAGCUGACAAGGCCCGCGCUGCGGGAGAUGAAGAGAUGACGGAGUUUUUUGAGAUCCAAGAGUCUACUCUUAGUAGCUUGAAGGGUCUCCUUAUCUCCGUCUCCAGGAACAAUGUCAUGCCACCGGAGAAUGCUCUGAUCCAAGGCCAAAAUCAAGACAUUUGGGUCAACUACCCGACCUUUACGCCGGAUGUGGAAGCAGUCCUCGGAGGAAAGAGCAAAUCAAUCGUCGUUGACACCGCUAAUCGCCCCAUCAACCCUCGGUCCGUUAUGCCCCUCAGCGACACCAAGGAAGACUUCUGUUAUGGUCGGAUCUUCGUCAACGUGGGCCUCAGCUCCGAGGACGAUGAUGAUUUGUCUGGCAUCAGCCUCCCCGCCGUACUUACCAUUCUGCGCCCUCACAAUGAUUGGAAUGUCAAGAUUGGCCUUUGCAGUCAAACUGACCUUCUUACCUGUGCAGUGCAAGGCGAUCCGAAGAAGGGCCUUACUUGGGCAAAUGUCAAGUGGAAGACUGGCACUCGUGGGCUUUCCAUCCGUCUGCCCCGUGGUUUCACCUUGAAUGUGGAUCUGGAAGAAAAGGACUACCGCAUGCUUUGGGGCAUCUUUGAUUACACGCGUCAGGUUGAGGCCAGCAUGAACACUCGCCAAGACGAGCAGUGCAUCCAUGAAGUCACAGUGCGUGACCUCCAGUACAAGGACCCGCAAAACCCUUCUGCUUUCCCACCGGACAGGAUCAAACGUUGCAAAGUCCGCAUCUUUGAGAAGUUCGUCAUGGUCAACGAAGGUACCGGGCAGCGGAAGCUCCACCGUGGCUACCGCCUCCUCAUGAUUACAAGUCCUAGGAGCAAGACCCUUAGUACUGUCAGCCACGAAUUCACCGGGAAACGACCUAUUAUCUUCGAGUUCCGGAGUGACCCUGGCGAUGCCAACAUUCCUUUGAUGAUGUUGAGAAUUAGGGAGGAGGGAAAGAAAAUCUGCACUGCUAUCAUGAGCUUCAACGAUACGAGAGAACGGGUGCAACUCUUCCAAAUUCUCAACGGUCUCAUGGUUGGCCCCGACGAGUUCUGCCCUGCUCAAGUGCCUCUGAAGGGAUACUUGGUCGAACAGGUUGGAAUGAAAGAGGUUUUCUCCGCGGGCCAUGACAUCGUGAAGAAAAUGCAGUGGCAGGACGUCAAGGUUCUCAACAAGGAGCCUGACGACCCGGAAGUUGAAGUGCCGCAGACAAUUCUCUCCGAGGAACUGCGUGUUAUCACGAGACAUGCUUGCGGCUCAAUCACUGACCGCAUGAACCUCGGACCCGGUGAGAUGCUCGUCAGACUUGACAACAGCGGCAAUCCCGAUAUUCACUUCCUCCGCUUCCCGCAGGACGACGCUACAGCCGCUGUUGACGCAAAGCGUGCCGAUACCCACGUCCCGGAUGCUAUUGCGGAUUUCUUGCGGACCAUCAAGACCUCACCCACCAUCAGAAGCUACUGUUUCAAGGACCAUGAAGCUAUGCACAGGUUCCAGCAAGCCGUCACUGGUUUCGAGGUCAAGUAUGAUGGUAUUGCCGCAACUCUUGCCAUCUCCCGUAGGCGAAUGGUUGUGCCCAUUUACAAGCGUUGGGAGGCACAGACUGUGCGCCUGCAGAUCCUCCAACAAGCCGGCACUUUCCAAUUCUGUGCCUACAUGGAAGACUUUUCGCACGCUGAUGCGAUGAACUUCCAAAUCAAGAGUAUGGAUCUCUUUGAGAAGAUCGAGCUCAAGGGUAGCAAGGGUGAAAGGGGCCGCUACGGCCUAAGAAUGGUCGACGCGAAGUUCUGGCUGCCUCCGGAGAGGAAGAGGGACAACGGUCCUGUGGAUGAAGUCGAACAGGCCAAGAGAAGGUUUGCGUGCCUUGACAUGCCGGAGUAUCCCGGUGAACAUGAUGACAUUACGCUGGGUUUUGAGACCGAGGCUGAGAGAAACCGAUUCUCCGACGCCUUGCCAGCUGCCACGCAAGCUACAAAAUUCACGUUGAGGCGGAAGAUCUAA